GGCUGGGGAAUCUCCAUUGACGUUCGGGUGACGCCGCUGUAGGGGGUUCCAAGCGCUGCACAGGGGCGAUGCUGCCUUUCGCUCCUCAGGACGAGCGGUGGAACCAAGAAAUGGAGGUGUGCGGCGGCGGCACAAGGAGUGGCGAGGUAAAUGUUCUUAAAAUGGUUGAAGAACCAAUGGAUGAGGGUGAAGCAGAUUCCUGCCUUGAUGAAGUUAUCUUUAAAGAAAUCCCUAUUACUCAUCAUGUUAAGGAAGGAUAUGAGAAAGCAGAUCCUGCACAGUUUGAGUUACUCAAGGUUCUUGGUCAAGGAUCAUUUGGAAAGGUUUUUCUUGUUAGAAAGAAGACUGGGCCUGAUGCUGGACAGCUGUAUGCAAUGAAGGUGUUAAAAAAAGCUUCUUUAAAAGUUCGAGACAGAGUUCGGACAAAGAUGGAGAGGGAUAUACUAGUGGAAGUAAACCAUCCAUUUAUUGUCAAACUGCACUAUGCCUUUCAGACUGAAGGGAAGCUGUAUUUAAUACUGGAUUUUCUCAGGGGAGGGGAUGUCUUCACAAGAUUAUCCAAAGAGGUUCUGUUUACAGAAGAAGAUGUGAAAUUCUACCUUGCGGAACUGGCCCUUGCUUUGGAUCAUCUGCAUCGACUAGGAAUUGUAUAUAGAGACCUGAAGCCAGAAAACAUUUUGCUUGAUGAAAUAGGACAUAUCAAGUUAACAGAUUUUGGACUCAGCAAAGAGUCAGUAGAUCAAGAAAAGAAGGCCUACUCAUUUUGUGGUACAGUAGAGUAUAUGGCUCCUGAAGUAGUAAAUAGGAGAGGUCAUUCUCAGAGUGCUGAUUGGUGGUCAUAUGGUGUACUUAUGUUUGAAAUGCUUACUGGUACUCUGCCAUUUCAAGGUAAAGACAGAAAUGAGACCAUGAAUAUGAUAUUAAAAGCAAAACUUGGAAUGCCUCAAUUUCUUAGUGGUGAAGCACAAAGUCUUCUAAGGAUGUUAUUCAAAAGGAAUCCAGCAAAUAGAUUGGGUUCAGAAGGUGUUGAGGAAAUCAAAAGACAUCUUUUCUUUGCAAAUAUUGACUGGAAUAAAUUAUAUAAACGAGAAGUUCAGCCUCCAUUCAAGCCUGCUUCUGGAAAACCAGAUGACACUUUUUGUUUUGACCCUGAAUUUACUGCAAAAACACCUAAAGAUUCCCCUGGUUUGCCAGCCAGUGCAAAUGCUCAUCAGCUCUUCAAAGGAUUCAGCUUUGUUGCAACUUCUAUUGCAGAUGAAUAUAAAAUCACUCCAAUCACAAGUACAAAUGUUUUACCAAUAGUUCAGGUCAAUGGAAAUGCUGCACAAUUUGGUGAAGUAUAUGAAUUGAAAGAGGAUAUUGGUGUUGGUUCUUAUUCUGUUUGCAAGAGAUGCAUCCAUAUAUCUACCAACAUGGAAUUUGCAGUAAAGAUCAUUGACAAAAGUAAACGAGAUCCUUCAGAAGAAAUUGAAAUUUUGAUGCGCUAUGGACAACACCCCAACAUUAUCACUUUAAAGGAUGUCUUUGAUGAUGGCAGAUAUGUUUACCUUGUUACGGAUUUGAUGAAGGGAGGAGAGCUAUUGGACCGUAUUCUCAAACAGAAAUGUUUCUCAGAACAGGAGGCUAGUGAUGUACUGUUUGUAAUAACUCAAACAGUUGAUUAUCUGCAUUGUCAAGGUGUUGUUCAUCGGGAUCUUAAGCCUAGUAAUAUUUUAUACAUGGAUGAAUCAACUAAUGCAGAGUCAAUUAGGAUCUGUGAUUUUGGGUUUGCAAAACAACUUGGAGGAGAAAGUGGACUUCUCUUAACCCCAUGCUACACUGCAAACUUUGUGGCACCUGAGGUUCUUAUGCAACAGGGAUAUGAUGCUGCAUGUGAUAUCUGGAGUUUAGGAGUCCUUUUUUAUACAAUGUUGGCUGGCUACACUCCAUUCGCUAAUGGACCCAAUGAUACUCCUGAAGAAAUCCUGCUGCGUAUAGGCAAUGGAAAGUUCUCUUUGAGUGGUGGAAACUGGGACAAUAUUUCAGACGGAGCAAAGGAUUUGCUGUCUCACAUGCUUCAUGUGGACCCACAUCAGCGGUACACUACUCAACAAAUAUUAAAACACUCAUGGAUAGCCCACAGAGACCAGCUGCCAAAUGAUCAGCCAAAAAGCAAUGAUGCAUCACAUGUUGUUAAGGGAACAGUGGUUGCUACAUAUUCUGCCCUGCUGCAUAAGACUUUUCAACCAAUCCUAGAACCUGUUGCUGCUUCAAGCCUAGCUCAGCGACGGAGCAUGAAAAAGCGAACAUCAACUGGCUUAGAAUACCUAAAGUCACAUCCACUUCUGCAAUGUACCAUCAGGACCUUGAACUCCAGGUGAUGUACAGUUGGCUUAGUCAGGUGGGUAAGACUGAUACACUCAGCAGGAGUUUUGGUAAGUGGCACCCAGGUAUGGGUCAGACUCUCAUGAAUGAGCCCACCUGAGCAUAAGCUGGUGUUCAGUGGCACAGGAGCCCUGAGUAAUGAGUGGCCAAUGACUUUUGGAGCAAAGCACAACAGAAAAGAGGAAAUUGUUGAGCCCCAGGGGAUGAGGAAACAACCAUGUGCGAAAAGAGGGUCACUAGAACAUAAUGUCCCAAGCAUUCACAGAAAGCUACUUGGCCAAGCAAUGGUCAUGAAUCAUCAAGAUGGCUGACACUGAAAGAAGACCAAAAAGGUGCUAUACAUGGUUCCAAGAUAAUGGAACAUCAUUAUGACUGCCCUCCCACAAUGUGAUCAUGGAGAGAGGAACAUGUGGAGCACCAGUGCAAGCAUUCUCAAGGAUGACCCUGGAGAAAAGCCAAUACCACAAGUACUGAGAAUCCCACAGGCUACAAAACCCAUGACUUGAAGAUAAAUAAAGAGGACAAUGCAGGAGGCUCACAUUCUGGUUACACAACAGGGCCUCCCACAGACUCCUAAAAUAGGUUUGCUACUAUAAUAACCAUCACAUCUGUAUCCCCGCACUCACCCCCCUCCCUGAUUGAUACCCCCCGCAAAAAAUGGACUUUUGGAGAUGAGACCUUUUGUUCCACAGAUGACAUUGGAUCAUCUCAGAGCUCCUCAACUGCAGAGGUAACCAUACCAUUCCUGUUAUAAAUGAACACAUGAAAUCCCAACUCAGCUAGAUCAAUAUUAUUUGCUUUAAAAUUUUUAAAUGCCAUAUUUUAUCACAAAAAGAAUGCAUUCUUACAGUAACAAACUAAAAUCAUACUGAAGUGCAUGAGUAAGAAGACAAUUAUGUACUCACUGAAUGUUUUUCCUCCAUUCCCAGCUCUCAGAGGUAAUCUGAAUUAAUAGCUUUGAGGAUUUCCUCUUAUAUAUUUUGUUAGGUAAAUGUUUUUUGUUUUGUUUUGUUUUUUGCUUUUUUUCUGGU